AGUGACUUGAUAUUCGAGUCAAUGUGAUGAGAUCGGUUCAAAGGUUUCCGUAUCUAGACUUUCCACUUAUACUUUCUCAAAACAAGUCUCAAGGCUCAUCUCAGCCUCUCAUCCUCUGAAUUGACUCUUAAGUAUCCCCACGAGACGAGCGUUCAAUUUGCUUGACGCAGUUGUGAUGUAGGAUGUGUGUCGUUGUAUGAGGACUGCUGAACGCAAGAAUAGGAGUGGCGGACUGCUGAACACGCACAUAUAAGUCAAGUAGAUCUUGACAUGGUUCGAGCGCAAAGAAUCGUUCAAGAUUCAUACAACGUCUCCCUUAGAAAUCGGGUAUAUCACCUCUCUUACUGGAAAGUAACAAGAUCAUCGUUGAAGGCCUGAAACUAAGGUCUAAGCCUUUCUAGGUCCAUUCUCGAAAACACCAUGCCGUCCUCCAAAACCGACACAGGCAUCCGGCUCCCUCAGAACGAUGAUCAGACUCGUCGUCUGAGAAGCACCACUCAAAAUCAGAAAGCUGCCUCUCGACUGCAGGACGCCUCUCUCUCAGGAAGCACAAGGGCCGCAGCUGCUGAUCCGACUUCAAGCUGGACACCGGAAGAGAUGUUCGAGUCUACUGUCAAUCAAUACAGCGAUCCAAUCCCCGAUCGAUACUCCUUCACCGACGGGGCUAGAAUGGAGAGAGGAGCUUAUGGUAACGAUGAGGCGGAUGCAUUUGAGGUUUCAUGGGUACCUCUGCACUGGCUAGACUAUCCAACGGCCCAUAAAUUUAGUUUCAUUUAUCAGUAUCGACAAUAUCGAAAAUCGUGACACUUGUAUCCACAGAU